CGUCACCUUUCGUUCUCUCCAGUUUCAAUCGAUUCUUUCACUCGGUCCCGCACCCAAACGAGCUUCUCUCGUUUCUUGUCCUCUUUGCAACUCUCCAUCCUCUCAUUCCAUCUCCCACCUUCGCCUACACCUCGUCCGAGUUCAUCCGCACCACCGACCCUCGUUGAAUUCCUUGGGCAACGUUGCAUUCAGGCUCUCACCUGCCAGCCGGACCGACAGCUUUCCUGUCCACCUCCUCCGGCUCUUGGCUUCUCCUCUCUACCUCUCCCCUCUCCUGUUCUUCAUCUCAUUGCUUCCCUUCGCCGUCACCCAGACUCGUGGCUGACCCUACCUCCCUGCUGGCCACGUCCUGCUCACGUCGAAUCAUGCACUGAGCCUGCACCAGGAUAAAGUUAGGUCAUCAUCCAGCCUUUCAGCCCUGAUAUGCAGGUCAUUGCGGCUAUCUGCAGCUCCAGUUCCGAUUCUCGUGGGCGGUGAGAUCAACCUCCACACGCGUCUCACACAAUGCCUCAAGCCUCGUCCACCAGCCUAUCGGGUAAAUUAUCAGCCAAAGCCUGCUUCGCUCUUCUCGCUCCUGUACCCUGUCUCACUAGUGCCGCCCGCUAUCCUGGCGCGCUUCGACCCAAAAAUGCGUCCAGACACGUGCACUCGUUUUCUCGUGGUCCUUUUGCCCUAAGCACAAAACCUCAACCACGCUUCGUCAACCAACCUUGCCCAUCAUGGUCGCGUUUCAAAUCAGAUGUGCCACCGGUCAAAGUCACUCCUUAUUCGGAGCUCACCAUUGGUAUUCCAGCCGAGACCCAUCCUGGUGAGAAGCGUGUCGCUGUUGCCCCCCAGAAUGUCCCUCUUCUCUUGAAGAAGGGUUUCAAGCGCGUCCUGGUCGAACGUGGUGCUGGCGUCAAUGCCGAGUAUGCUGAUGAGGUUUACACCCAUGUCGGCGCCACCGUCGUUGAUCGCGCCACCUUGUGGUCGGAGAGUAAUAUCCUCCUCAAGAUUCGACCCCCAACCAUCGAAUCCGAGGUUGAAGCAAUUCCCCGCGGUACCAUUCUGAUGUCUAUGAUCCAGCCUCGCCAGAAUGAGAAACUCGUCAACGCCCUUGCUAAUCAGGGCGUCACCAGUUUUGCCAUGGAUAUGAUCCCCAGAAUUUCCCGUGCCCAAGCCUUCGAUGUUCUGAGCUCCAUGGCAAAUAUUGCCGGUUACAAAGCUGUUCUGGAAGCCUCCAACCAUUUCGGCCGAUUUCUCACAGGACAAGUCACCGCAGCAGGAAAGAUCCCGCCAUCCAAAGUCCUCGUCAUCGGCGCUGGCGUCGCUGGUCUCAGUGCCAUCACCACCGCCAAACGAUUAGGUGCUAUUGUCCGCGGCUUCGAUACUCGAUCCGCCGCUCGCGAGCAAGUUCAAUCCCUCGGUGCGGAUUUCCUCGAGGUCUCGAUCCAGGAAGAUGGCUCCGGUGCUGGUGGCUACGGAAAGGAAAUGUCAAAAGAAUUUAUUGAAGCCGAGAUGAAACUGUUCAUGGAACAAUGCAAGGAUGUCGACAUUGUCAUCACCACGGCUCAGAUUCCAGGCAAACCCUCACCUAAGCUCAUCACGGAAAAAAUGGUCAGCGCUAUGAAACCAGGCUCAGUCAUUGUCGAUCUGGCUUCCGAGGGUGGAGGUAAUUGCGAGGUCACCGUUCCUGGACAAAUGAUCGUUCACAACCAUGUCACAGUUCUUGGAUACACGGAUUUCCCCUCCCGCCUUCCUACUCAAGCUUCCAGCCUCUACUCCAACAACAUCACCAAGUUCCUCCUUUCUAUGGCUCCCAAGGAAAACUCCUUUGGAAUUGAUUUCGAAGAUGAGGUGGUCAGAGGUUCCAUUGUCACCCGUGAUGGAGAGAUCGUGCCCCCAGCCCCUCGUCCUGCGCCCCCACCCCCGACCCAACAGCAACAGCAUCACGAAGUAGCCAAACCGGUCGAGUUGACCCCAUGGCAGAACAAGACCCGUGAGGUAGCCACUGUGACUGGAGCCAUGGGCGCCAUGCUGGCCCUGGGCAAGUUCACCUCCCCGCUGCUCAUGUCCAACAUGUUUACUGCUGGUCUGGCCGGUCUUAUUGGAUACCGCUCCGUCUGGGGUGUCAUUCCAGCACUUCAUUCUCCCCUCAUGAGCGUCACCAAUGCCAUUUCCGGCAUUGUUGGUGUCGGCGGCUUCUUCGUCAUGGGCGGCGGCUACUUGCCAGAAACCAUCCCUCAGACGCUCGGUGCGCUCUCGGUCCUCCUCGCCUUUGUCAACAUCUCUGGAGGUUUUGUUAUCACCAAGAGAAUGUUGGAUAUGUUCAAACGCGCAACUGAUCCUCCCGAAUAUCCAUGGCUCUACGCCAUCCCGGGCGUCUUGUUUGGUGGUGGCUUCAUCGCUGCCGCCACCACAGGUAUGGGUGGCUUGGUGCAAGCGGGCUAUCUUGUGAGUAGUUUGCUGUGUAUAGGCUCAAUCUCAGGCCUUGCAUCUCAAGCCACUGCACGUUCCGGCAAUCUUCUUGGCAUUUUGGGUGUCAUGUCUGGCAUUGUUGCAUCGCUAGCAGCGGUUGGUUUCUCAACAGAAGUUCUCGCACAGUUUGGAGGCAUUGCCACAAUCGGCGCCGUGGUUGGUGCCUUGAUAGGUCGACGAAUUACCCCAACCGAGCUCCCUCAGACUGUGGCAGCCCUACAUUCCGUUGUCGGCCUGGCUGCAGUCCUCACGAGCAUUGGCAGCGUUCUCGGACACGUUGAUAAUUUGGAUUCCCUCCAUAUGGUCACCGCAUAUCUCGGUGUUCUAAUCGGUGGUAUCACAUUCACCGGCAGUAUUGUCGCAUUUAUGAAGCUCGCCGGUAAAAUGUCUUCACGUCCCACCAUCUUACCUGGUCGUCACGUUAUCAACUCGGGUCUUCUUGCUGCCAACGCAGGCACUAUGGCGGCCUUCGUGACCAUGGCACCUGGCGCACCUGUCAUUGCAGCAGCCGCACUGUCUGCCAACACAGUCUUGAGUUUCAUCAAGGGUUAUACGACCACGGCUGCGAUUGGCGGCGCGGAUAUGCCUGUCGUCAUUACCGUUCUCAAUGCAUACUCGGGCUUUGCUUUAGUCGCCGAAGGUUUCAUGCUGGAUAACCCCCUACUCUUAACAGUUGGAUCAUUGAUCGGCGUCAGCGGUUCCAUUCUUUCAUACAUCAUGUGUGUUGCCAUGAAUCGUUCAUUGACUAAUGUCAUAUUCGGCGGCAUCGCACCCGCCGCUCAAGCACCCGGUGAAGAGGUCAAAGGCACGGUGACGAAAACGACGGUUGAGGAAACAGUGGAUGCACUCGUCGACGCUGAGAACGUCAUCAUCGUCGUGGGCUACGGCAUGGCUGUAGCCAAAGCACAAUAUGCUAUCUCGGAAAUCACGGCCUUGUUGAGAUCUAAGGGUGUCAACGUUCGAUUUGCUAUUCAUCCGGUGGCUGGUCGCAUGCCAGGACAGUGCAACGUGCUCCUCGCCGAGGCUAACGUUCCGUACGACAUUGUCCUGGAGAUGGAUGAGAUCAAUGACGACUUCCCGGAGACGGAUCUGACACUCGUCAUUGGCGCCAACGAUACAGUCAACCCUAUCGCCAUGGAACCCGGCAGUCCUAUUGCCGGCAUGCCUGUGCUACAUGCCUGGAAGAGCAAACAGGUUGUUGUCAUGAAGCGAGGAAUGAGCAGUGGAUAUGCCGAUGUGCCCAAUCCCAUGUUCUACAUGCCCGGUACCAAGAUGUUGUUCGGCGACGCCAAGACCACCACGGACGCACUCAAGGCAGCUCUCGAUACAAAGUAUCGCGCCAAAUUCCACGUCUAGCUGUUUGACAUGAUUGGAGAACGAGCUGUCGCAAGGGUGGCAGCUGUGAGUAUUGGCAUCAAAGAUGGCGUUUUCGGCCGUCUCUUGAGACCUGUUGGUCUUUGAUCAUCGAUCCCGUCACAGCUCUACUGAUAUCUCGCUCGUGUUGCUGAUCCCUUUGGAGAGGGUUGCAGUCCUACAAGCAUAUAGAUCGACAUAUAAACCGAGAGAAAUAGAUAUUUCUGGGUUACUCAAUUCAAUCUAAACAAAUCAAGCCAACUACACUUAGGGUUGUUCGUUGUCCUGAAG